AUGAGUAUACAGGAGAAUGUCGAGUCUCUUCCUCAAUAUCCUGGUGAUGAUAUCCGGCCAACCAGCAAGAGGGAGCUUGCUGGCUGGUAUUGCUAUGGCUGGGCUGCCGAGGCUUUUGUAGUAUGUGCCAUGGGUUCAUUUCUUCCGAUAACGCUAGAGCAGAUGGCUCGGGAUCGGGGCGUUCUGUUGUCUGACAAAACCACACCAUGCAGCGCAACUUGGAGCCCCUCGCUGCCAUCACCAGGCUCGGAUGCACCGGUGUAUCUUCCCCAGGUGUCAGAUGGUGGCCAGUGCAUCAUCUACUUCCUCGGCGCUGAAAUCAACACGGCAAGCUUUGCCCUGUAUACCUUUUCAUUGAGCGUCUUGGUUCAGGCAGUCCUGAUAAUCUCAAUGUCAGGAGCCGCUGACCAUGGAACCUAUCGCAAGAAACUCUUGAUUGUUUUUGCUUUCAUUGGCUCAAUUGCGACCAUGUUGUUUUUGGUUGUGGUCCCCAAGGUUUACCUCCUAGGUGGACUGCUUGCAAUCAUUUCAAAUACUUGCUUUGGUGCGUCUUUUGUCCUUUUGAAUUCGUUUCUACCUGUUCUGGUCCGCCACCACCCAUCGCUCAAGGAAAGUGGAGAGGCGACGCUGUCAGAUGAUAAUGUGACGAGCCCCAGGGGCGGCCCUUUGUUUUCUUCGACCGGAGAUAUUGGAGAUAUUGACCGAACAAACGUGGAUGACUCCACGCCGCUACUCGGGCCCAACGGGGAAGCCACAAAGACAUCUGCUGCCACUACCACUUCCCUGGAGCUUAGACUCUCCACCAGAAUCUCGUCCAAUGGCAUCGGUAUAGGUUAUAUCGGUGCUGUGAUUCUACAGAUCUUUUCUAUCUUAGUUGUUGUGGUCGUGCGUCCACCAACAUUCUCAUUACGCCUUGUGCUCUUCUUGAUUGGGCUAUGGUGGUUUGCUUUUACCAUCCCAGCAGCCUUGUGGCUGCGCACUCGGCCAGGCCCGCCUUUAUUGGGCAGUGACAGCAAACCGCUUCAUUCGUGGAUCGGAUACAUGGCAUAUGCCUGGAAAUCUCUUGGCAAAACUGUGACGCGGGCGCGGCAACUGAAAGAUAUCGUGAUCUUCCUUGCUGCCUGGUUCCUACUCAGUGAUGGAAUUGCCACGGUCAGUGGCACUGCUGUACUGUUUGCAAAAACCCAACUGAACAUGAAACCUGCUGCCCUGGGACUGAUCAAUGUGAUUGUCAUGCUUGCAGGAGUAUUCGGUGCAUUCUCUUGGAGCUACAUAUCGAAUUUCUUCAAUCUACGAGCCUCGCAGACAAUCAUUGCGUGCAUUGCCCUGUUUGAGCUCAUUCCACUGUAUGGUCUUCUUGGGUUCAUCCCGGCUGUGCAACGCGUGGGGCUUGGUCUCCAUCAGCCUUGGGAAAUGUAUCCUUUGGGGGCCGUUUAUGGCCUUGUCAUGGGUGGACUGUCAUCAUACUGUCGAAGUUUCUUCGGGCAACUCAUUCCCCCAGGCUACGAAGCGGCUUUCUACGCGCUUUAUGCAAUCACCGACAAAGGGUCUAGCAUCUUUGGGCCGGCCAUUGUUGGCGCCAUUACCGAUCGCUACGGUGAGAUUCGACCGGCGUUUGUGUUCUUGGCGGUUUUAAUUAUUGUGCCACUACCACUUAUGCUUUUGGUGGAUGUGGACCGUGGGAAACGAGAUGCCUUGGCGUUGGGAGCUGAGUUGGAUGGCAUACCGCAAGGAUCUGAAUAUGGGACCAUAUCUGACGAUCAAACCACGGAGGAUCCGAUUUGA